CUCCCGCCGAAGAACUGCCUCCUCAGGGCGCAGCGGCUUUGCCACCAGAGCCGGACGACGCAGCGUCAGAGGCGGCAUCGGGCUCCGAGGAGCGCGGCGACGAGAUUGGUUCCGAGCUCGGCGUCAAACAGGAUGAGCUUGAGAGUGCCAAGCGUGAGCUUGAGGAGGAAGAGGCUCCACCGCAGGGCGCGGUAGCCAAGGUUGAGAAUGAGGAGCGCUCGCCCGAGGCGGCAGCGCCGCAGGCGGAGGAGGAGGAGGCAGCUCAGGACGAUCCGCCAGCAGGCGCUCCCCAGGUAGGGGAGUUCGUGGAUGUGCAUGGCAUCGGGCAUAGCAUCGUGCGUUGCAACCGCUGCUGUCGCACGGCAAAGGAGUGCAACUACAGGAUCAGGGCGAAGGGCCAGUCGACUUACCAGUGCGACGCGUGCAACACGAACGGGGUGCGCCUUUCUCGGAGGUUCGGACAGUGGCCGCCAAAGUGUUUCGCCAAAAUGAAGAGUGAGUUCAAGCAGCAGUUCUACAAGGAUCUGGCAGAAGAUCCUGGGCUGUCGAACCUCGAUCGCAUUGAAGCCUUCGUGGUCAGCUCAAUCACUGUCCAACGGAUGGAGGAGGAGCGCGUCCGCAAGGGUGGCAAGUACCUUCCGCUGAGGAAGUGGGCGCACGACGGCUUCGACGCGAAAAAGAUUGAAGAUAAUGUGCAGGAUAAGAGGUGGAACCCUGAUCUCGGGGAGUGGACGUACAGGCCGCAAUUGGAGGCGGCCUGGAGCGAGACAGUGGAGGCCGCAGUGCGCAACGAGCUGUACACCGAUAAGAGGACGCAGGCGAAGCAGAGCGGCCCGCGGGCAGCGGCCUCGACGGGCGUCGCAGAGCACGGCGGCGACAAGGGCGACAGAAGCGACGAGAGCGACAUGUCCAGAUCCAGGAGCCGCUCGCGCGGCGACCGCGACAGGAGCAAGAGCCGCCGCAAGGGCAGGAGCAAGAGCCGCGGCAAGAGCAAGGACAGGAGCAAGAGCAGGGAUAAGGACGCUGAGAAGGAGCGGAGGCGACAGGAAGCGAGGGAGAAGGCCGAGCAGGCCAAGAAGGAGACGCAGGAGAAAAACCUGGCGCUGAAGUGGAUCGGCACCGCAACGAGGCUCGAGACAGAGCUGGACGGGUACCUCGAGCAUGAGAAGGCGGACAAGGUGCCGUCAUGGGCUGUGAAGAACGCGAAGGCGGCGAGGAAGUCUGUGGCAGUCAUGAAGGCGGUGGCGCAGAAGCGCGUGCACAGCGGCGUGGCGUUGACGAUCACGCAGGACGAGGCCAUCAGCAUCCAGAAGGAUGCGAGCUCGGCGGCGAGGGCCAUCGCGGGGAUGCUCAAG